AAUCGGUACUCGUACCGUUUUACCUCUUCUCAAAAGAAAAACAGCAGGUAUUUUCACAUUUUCCUCGCAGAUAUUUUCGUUUAUAUCACAUAAAUAAUUGAAAUCAAAAUUAAAAUCGAAUUCCUCAGCAAUGAGCGUAGUUAAAUAUAUUGGUCGUACAACUGAUUUUCGCGGUAAGACACUGUGGGAGAUUGUGGGAAAUCUGCGGGACUUUGGUGUUGGCCGGCUCGUAAUACGUAACAAAUUCCAACGAUAUGAAGAGCCCUGCUAUAUGCGUAUACUUAAGGUGGAAGUUACUCCACAUGAUCCUGCCAAGGACCCUAUUCGUAAAGUAGCUGUUACGGUGGAAAAAACAUGGCGUGGUAUAGUAAAUCCAAACCCAGUCACCAUAUACAGAACUAGUUAUAAACCCGACUAUGAGUUAGUUCCAAAAGAAGAUGAAACAAAAUACCUUAACAACACAAACAAAAUAUCUGAACAAAUAUUAGCCAACAAAAUUGAGUUUCCACCACUCUUUCGCGAAUAUAUUCGAGAAGAGACGGGCAUUCAAGAACCCACUAUGAAAGUUCAUCAUAAACAAACACAUAAUAAGCAAACACGGUUGGCAAAAGAAGGAGAGAAACCGACUAUUGAAUGCACGAUGGGACUGGGUACACCAGCAAGUCCCAAACUCUAUGAAGGCGUGUUAUAAACAUCCGUUGAUACAUACAUUGCAUGUCAACUGUUGCCGACAAAUAUAAAAAUAAAUAUCCAUUAAGAGCUUAUUUGAUUACCAUUUUUUAUAAAAAAUUUCCUUCUACUUUGACUCAACUAAGGAUAGAGAUUUUUUACACAUAAUUUCGAGCUUUGCGAACUUUCAUACGGAACCCAUUAUUUAAUAUAAAUGGUUAUAGAUAUUACAAUUAUAGGUACUGCUUAUUCUAAAGAGCUCCGAUAUACACAAUUGAAAAUAACAUUUAAAUUAAAGAAAAGUUUCUGCGUUGAAACAUGAUGCAAACCAUGGCGCAAUAUACGUAUGUAUUUAUGAACAUAA